AUGAAGCUCUCUCUAACGUUCGCCUCGCUGCUGGUCGUGGCCGUCACCGCCCAGAACGGCACAUACCCCAAUGGCACUUCACCCAUCUACAAGAACCCAAACGCCACUAUUGACGACAGAGUCUCUGACCUGUUGAAGCGCAUGACCAUUCAGGAGAAGACGGCCCAGUUGCUUCAGGCCGACAUUCGUGACUACCUCAACCUGACCGAUGGCCGCUUCAACCAGAGCGGUCUGACCUGGAGUGCCGAGCACAGAGCCAAUUCCGUCUGGACCGGUCUAUACUCAAACGUCUCUACCAUUUCCUAUGGAGCCAAGAUUGCCCAAGACUAUUUGGUGCACAACACCACUUUGGGCAUUCCUGCUUUCAUUCAGAGCGAGGGUAUCCACGGCUUCCUCGCCCUCAAUGCCACCAUCUUCAACUCGCCCAUUGCCCACGGCAGCUCGUGGAACCCGGAACUGGUGGAGAAGAUGGCAAAGGUCAUUGCCGUCGAGGCCAAGGCUCUCGGUGUGAACCAGAUCUUCGCCCCCGAUGUUGACUUGGCUCGCGAGCUGAGAUUCGGCCGCGUUGAGGAGACCUACGGCGAGGACCCCUUCUUGGUCGGCGAGUACGGUUACCACUACACCAAGGGUCUCCAGGAGAACGGCGUUUGCGCCAUGGUCAAGCACUUUGCCGCCUUUGCUUCCCCGGAGCAGGGCGUCAACACUGCUCCCGUCCACGGCGGCCCGAGAGAGCUCCGCACCACCUACCUUCCCGCAUUCAAGCGCGCCAUAUUUGAUGCUGACGCCUGGAGUAUCAUGUCUUCGUACAACGCAUACGACGGUGUCCCAACGAUUGCGGACCACCACCUGCUGACCGAGAUUCUGCGCGAGGAGUGGGGUUAUGAGUACUACGUUAUCUCCGACGCUGGUGGUACCGCUCGUCUAUCAAACGCCUUCUUUGUCUGUGGAGAGACUGAUGAUGCUUGCAUCACUCUCAACGCCCUCCCCGCCGGUAACGAUGUCGAGAUGGGUGGUGGACGUUACAGCUUCCAGUACAUCCCUGAGCUUGUUGCCAACGGCACUCUACCCCAGGAUGUUGUCGAUACUGCUGUUUCUCGUGUCCUCCGCGCCAAGUUCAAGUCGGGCAUCUUCGAACACCCUUACACUGGCGUCCCCGAAGACGAGAUAUUCAACUACCUCAACACCGAGGAGCACCGAAAGAUCGCCCGCGACCUCGAUGCCGAGAGUAUCAUCCUGCUCGAAAACCACAACGAGACCCUUCCCCUGAAAAAGGAUGCUCACGUUGCCGUUAUCGGCCCCAUGGCUCACGGCCUUGUCAACUACGGCGACUAUGUCAUUCACACCGCCAUGGAGCGUGGUGUUACUCCUCUUGAUGGCAUCAAGGCCGCCAGCGAGGGCACCGUCACCUACGCCAAGGGCGCCGAGCGCUGGUCCAACGACGAGUCCGGCUUCCCCGAGGCCAUCGCCGCUGCCGAGGCCGCCGACGUCGCCGUCGUCGUUGUCGGGACCUGGUCUCGUGACCAGGAUGAGCUCUGGGCCGGUCUGAAUGCCACCACCGGUGAGCACAUUGACGUCCACGACUUCAAGCUCGUCGGCGCCAUGGGCCGCCUUGUCAAGGCUGUCAUCGACACCGGCAAGCCCACCGUCGUCAUCUUCAGCUCCGGAAAGCCCAUCACAGAACCCUGGAUCUCUGACGAGGCCGGCGCCCUGGUCCAGAUGUUCUACCAGGGUGAGGAGGGCGGCCACGCCCUGGCUGACGUCCUGUACGGCACUGUCAACCCUUCUGGCAAGCUCUCCGUCGCCUUCCCCUACGAUGUCGGCACCACUCCUGUGUACUACGACUACCUCAACUCUGCCCGUGCCUACCCCAACCCAGGUAAAGAGUACCCCAACGGUACCUUGGUCUUUGGCAACAACUACGUCUUGUCGACUCCUCUUCCCUUGUACGAGUUCGGCUACGGUCUGUCUUACAGCACCUUUGACUACCACGACAUCAGCGUCUCCUCGUCGACCGUCUCCCCGACCGACACCGUCACGCUGAACGUGCAGGUGACCAAUAACUCGACCCGCGACGGCGCUGAGGUCGUUCAAGUCUACGUCAAGGACUUGAUCUCCUCAAUCGUCGUCCCCAACAAGGAGCUGCGCGGCUUCUCCAAGGUCUUUAUCAAGGCCGGCGAGACCGCCGACGUCUCUGUCGACCUGCCCGUCUCCUCCUGGGGUCUCUGGGACAAGAAGCUGCAGUACGUCGUUGAGCCCGGCGACUUUACCAUCUUUGUCGGCUCCUCUAGCGAUGACUUCCGCGGUAAUGCGACCGUGACGGUUGUGUAA